AUGGCUCAAAAGCAAAUUAUCAAGGACAUACCAGACGGAUUAUACCUGGGAGUCUCAAGUGCGAUUCAAGGGCAAAUUGCCAAGGCAACACCAGACGGAUUAUACCUGGGAGUCUCAAACAUAAUAAUGCAAGGAAGACCAGUACCAAAAUAUAAGGAAAACAUUUACACGGAUAUCAACGAAGGCGACGCAUUAUACAUUCUUCAUGAAUAUGUGAAUAAUUUGCCUGGAAGAAUUUCUGUUGUAUCCAUGGCUUAUAAGGAGAACCAAUAUGAUACAAGGUAUAUUGAAAAAAUUGGACUUUCCCGAGACAGUGUCGAUUUUUUCUUGCCUUCAUUUGCAAAUUACCUGGAUUCUCGCUUCCGCCAACAUCUGUACUACGAUUAUUUUGUUGAAAUGUUAAAUAAUAUGAAAAGCCUGUAUCACGAGUCAGAAAAGAUAUUUUAG